AUGAAUAUGUCCAAACCAGAGGGAAGCAGAUGGGCCACAAAGAAUCUGAAAGACCACACCCCCAUGUCACUCCCCGAGACACUUUCUUCUGGUCGAAUCCACUUCCUGGACAAGAUUGGUCAUGUCUUCCCAAGCCCAAAGAGUGACAAAACAGCAGGCAGUACUAUAGACAGGCCUCAAAAAGCUCAAGAGAAAAGAGCACCAAGUUACAAACCAAAGGCAAACUGGAAAGACAAACGGGCCGCAAAGUUCACUUGCAGAGAGACCAAGAGACUCAAGAAUGGCCGAUGGAGUGGCAAGUUCACCUCCCAGGGAUACCCACACGAGUCAUCUGAGUGGGAAGCUUCAGAGGUGAGGUUUGUAUACUGUCCUCAGGAUAUGAUCCAAAAGUGGGCCGGCUGUCGCAAAAGCGACCCCACAUUGCUCCUCCUGCCACCUAAAGCCCUGCAUCACAGUGGCAAUGAACAGUGA